UAUUUUCGUUAUCUCGAUAUUGGGUUUUUUUUUUCGUUUUUAUAUUUAUUGGAAUUUAAGAAGAAUACUCACCUGGUAAGUAACUUUUCUCAUAUAUGUACGAGAACCUCAUACAACUACAUCAGGACCGAACCUUAGCCUGUUUCUUCUUCAUCGCGCAUGUUUAUCCGUUAUAGGUUAUGGCAACAUCAACACUACAACUAAGUAGUACUGCUAGGGCAAGCUAUCAUUUGCUGACACAAAGGUCAGCCGCAUCCCUCAACGCUCUUGGCCUCGGCCACCUACCAUAUGCCUCUCGCGGGCUGCGACUAGCUAGCACAGCUACCAGCGAUGGGCGCAAAAGGGAACGUGUGGUUAUUCUGGGAUCAGGGUGGGCUGGGUACGGGUUCGCGCGUAGCCUUGACCCAGAUAAAUAUGAGCGUAUCAUGAUCUCACCUCGGUCCUAUUUUGUUUUCACCCCUUUACUUGCUGGUACAGCGGUGGGCACGCUGGAAUUUCGAGCUGUCGUUGAACCAGUUAGGAGACUCUCCCUUGACCAAUUUCAUCAAGGGUGGGCCGAUGAUAUUGAUUUCGCACACAAGACUAUUCGCGUGGAAGCGAAUACUUCCGACGACCUGGCAUCGAGAACGCGGCUGGCAUUAACCCACCAUCCCGAUGGUAAAAAGGGGAAAGGUUCUAUGUUCGAUGUCGAAUACGACAAGCUUGUUAUCGCAAUCGGCUCCUACUCACAGACCUUUGGCGUGGAAGGCGUGCGUGAGCACGCAAACUUUCUGCGCGAUGUUGGGGAUGCUCGUAAAAUCCGCAUGAAAGUGCUGCAAAACUUCGAGAAGGCUGCACUUCCCAUCACAAAAGAUGAGGAGCGUAAAAAGUUGUUGCAUUUCGCCAUUGUGGGUGGUGGACCUACCGGCAUCGAAUACGCCGCUGAGCUGCACGAUCUAAUUCGAGACGACCUUACAAAAACGUAUCCGAGCUUGAUGAAAUUCGUAAGCAUUACUGUGUACGAUGUAGCGCCCAAGGUACUACCCAUGUUCGACAAGAAGCUGGCUGAUUACGCCAUGGAUCGGUUCAAGCGCGAGUGUAUCAACGUUAAGACGGAACACCAUCUUACCCGGCUCCGGCCUGACGAGGACUGCGAAGGGUGCUUUAAGUUGAAAAUCCAGGAGUACGGUGAUGAAGAGGUUGGCGCGGGUAUCGUGGUGUGGAGCACCGGGUUGAUGCAGAACCCCUUAAUCCAGAAGCUGGAGGAAAAGGCCUUCAAGUUAUCUUCUUCGGGUUCAGAGAUGAAGCUACAAAAGGAUGCUAAAACAGGUGGCAUCGUCACAGAUGCCAAUCUUCGCGUACAUAUGAUCCCUAGCACGACCACAGGGGAGCCAGUGCCAAACAAUGGGCAAAAAACGUCGCUUUUGCCGGACGUGUACGGCAUCGGGGACUGCACAGUGAUCUCGGAGACGAGUCUACCAGCGACAGCACAAGUGGCGAGCCAGCAGGCAGCACACUUGGCAAAGCGACUGAAUAAAGGUGACGUGGCUCAGAAGCCGUUUCGCUUCCGUAACCUGGGAACAAUGACAUACCUGGGUAACUGGACGGCCAUCCACCAGAGCAGUGCCGACGAGCUGAAGGGGUGGAUGGCCUGGGUCCUGUGGCGCACCGCCUACCUCACGCGUAGCAUGAGCAUACGCAACAAGGUUACCGUUCCGUUUUACUGGGCCUUGUCCUGGAUAUUUGGGAGGGAUAUAUCGAGGUUUUGACUUUGAUGUAGUACUCUCACGAUGGGGCUGAGGGUAUGGGAUGUCAAAUAUAGAAUGUAGAAUGUAAUGUACGAUAGCGCAAGUGUACAUAACUUCGUCAUGUUAUUAUGGUCAGGCUAUUAGAAUAGAGGCACCUAACAUAGAGAUAGAGAAUUAGAGUAUAUGUCGGAAAUAGCAAUCACUCCAUUAUUAUUUUUUCUUUAUUCUUUUCAAGAAUCAUCAGCGGAAUUGUCUCAGCAAAGAAUAAAGUGUAUAAUGCGAUUGGCUAAUAUACUUAUAAUCCAGGUACAUACAUAACUAGGUUGGUAUGAUGUAAUCGUGUAUACCUAGGGUAGU